CUACAUUUACUUUGCUUCUGCUGCUGACUUUGACAACAACAACAAAACCGAGACCGACCCGUGUCUCCCGUUCCACAUUGAUGUCUAUGUAUUAACUUUGUGUUGCAAUGCUACCAAGUGUCCGUUUUUGUGUUCCUCGACUGGGAUUGACGCUAAGAAGCGUAAACACAACUUCUUUACAGCAAAGCAAAUUAGCUCCUGCAGUGCCUGGGGCAACAGCACCCUUGAUUAUUGAAAGAGAAUUCGAACGACCAAGGAAUGUCACCCAACCCCGUGAAGCGUGGAUCGAGACUCUUGACAGAGAUGCCAGUCCCUCACAAGUAGGGCUCAUGAAUUUGCAUCCCGAUGUCUUUUCCGCUUUCCCAAGACUUGAUAUUAUUCAUGAGAACGUCUUAUGGCAGCAUAAGUAUCGCACAGUGAAUUACGCGCAAGCCAAAGUACUGCAUGAAGUUCGUGGUGGAGGAAAGAAACCAUGGCCACAGAAGGGCACAGGAAGAGCAAGACAUGGGUCUAUCAGAUCACCUAUUUGGAAAGGAGGCUGCAAGUCCCAUGGUCCGAGGGCAUACACAACACAUUUCUACAUGUUGCCCUUUAAUGUACGAUUGAAAGGCCUCAUCUCAACGUUAUCAGCAAAGUUUGCUCAGGAUGACAUAAAAAUUAUAGAAGAUUUAGAAAUGCCUUCUGAUGAAGCUCCUUACAUCGAAGGGUUGUGUGAAGAACGGUGCUGGGGGCCUUCUGUUUUAUUUGUAGAUGACACUGACAUCAUGCCACGUAACAUAACUCUUGCCACAGAUCCCAUUUGGCAUUACAAUCUAAUGCCCAUUUAUGGCCUGAAUGUGAUCAGUAUGCUAAAACACGACACCCUUGUCUUGACUGUUGCUGCCGUCAAGAGACUGGAAGAAAGGUUACUGUAUCAUCUCAACAGACCAGACUUGCAUCUUAUAGAUAACAAAAAGUUUCGUAUGAAUUAAAAUAAAUAUAAUAUUUAGAUAUGUAAAUAUUGCGAAGUUAUUGGUCAUAAUUUUAUGCAAUAAAAUUCUUUUGAGCCCA